AUGGUCUGGCCGCCCCGGAUCACGCCUGUUGGACGAGAGGGCCAAAAAGGGAUCAAAGUCGGCCAAAAUGAGUCAGAACGGGCCAGAGGGGACCAAACUGGAACUGGGGCUCUGUCCAAGGCCUCUCUCCCUCCGUCGUCCGUAUUUUGUGGCGUCGUCUCUCCUCAAUGCAAUGCCUCUGAGCCUCUCAAACUCUCCGAGUCGAUCCAGCCCCCAUGCAUGUCUCAUCUGCGCUGGGCUGGCCCUCCUUCUCGGUGUCGCUCUUGGUGA